GAAAAAGAAGAAGAAGAAUAUAAACAUGAUCGAUCAUACUAGCGGAUGUAAACAAAGGAUAUUGCGGGAUUUUUCACUAUUUUUCGUUGUUUUGGAUUAAAACGUCGGAUGCUUUUUGAAGAGUGGACCCUUACGUUGCAAUGUACGCUUAAGUUUUUGGUAAUUGUCAGAACCAUAUGGCAAGAUAUGCGAGUACCGACAUGCCUUCUCAUAUGCGGUCCGUCUCCAUUUCAUUUAACCCUAUUCACUCCAGUGUAUUGAUUGCAAAAACAUGUUCAGAACAUGAAUCUUGAGUGUUUAAGCUUUCAAAUAAUGUAAAGUUUGUGAUGAUUGAAUAUUUGAUAUUAAACAAAAUACAUAAACACGUAGACACGCCCCUGCCCGCCGCCGGGCUUGUUCGACUUCAUCCGGCGCCGUAAGAAUGGAUAACCGGAUGACGUCAAGUACCGCGAGAGUGAUUCGCGACAGUUUGCUUUUAUAUAGCUCUCGCGGAACUUUGACGUUUUGUCGGUUCUUGCGACGACUAUUGGCUCGUAUCGUUAGACUUUUCAAUGCUGUUUUUCUACAGUCAGCAGAUUUGGCCCAGAUCUACUUACCACAUCAGAACCAAAGCUUCCACAAAGACAGUUCACUGAUGUGGCCCACAUCUGUAAUAUGGACCCAGACCACCUCAAAACUUGUGCGUUUCAUCACUGGUUUACUGAACAGAGCCGAACGCGCCAAGUGAGUGAGGUCCGUCCGUUUGAGAGACGUGAUGCUGAUCUGUCCCUCAUCCGUACCACGGAUUACAGCCAGAAACCGUUGGAAUGGAGCAAGUUUAAACUUUUGUGGGGGUGCCCAUUGCCAUAUUUCGUUAUUAAAUGCUUAUUUGUUAAAUCUUACAAUGGAACACUUGCACGUAGCCUACACAAAAAUGAUUAAUUCACUAACAAAGUAUAGGCUUGUCUUAAAAUGGAAGAUUCAUCACAUAACAAAAAAAGCAAUUUAGCAACUGUCCACUAUCCAGGUGCAAUGGUCCAAGCUGUUUUGCCGUCCUGGGAAGAAAAAAGUUGCGAACAUCGUGGGGAAAAAACCGGCACUGGCGCACAUGAUGGAUGCUAACAUGGAUGCUGCACACAUGUGGUCAACUUGUGAGAUGAAGAAAUACUGUGGAGUUCUUUUUACGGAAGAAAACGCCGUAAAUGUUGUGCCUAGUAAAUGGCUUAAGGAGGGGAAGUGCUAUUGGCCUGGCUACCUGUCUGACGAAAAAAAUCGCAAGGCUGGCAUUAGAUGCGAGGAGCCAGGCCCUGGAUGGAAGCUAUUUAAUGUCCGGGUCCUAUUUCAGAAAGACGAGUACACUGCCGCCACCCUAAAAUUAAAAGAAUAUCUCAAAGAUGGUACUGAAUGCCUACAGUCUGAGUCUGAGGAGGAUCCAAAACGACGACGCAAAGAAAAUUCUAGAUAUGACAGCGAUUCUGACCCCAUAGUGGUGUCAAAGGGAACCAUGUCCAAAGGAACUGUGAAGGAAAAAUUUCCCUCACAUCUGGCAUUACCUGCUGUACCCCCUUUACCACCACUCCCCAACUGUGACAACUAUCAGGAACAUACACUCACUGACAUUAGCUGGAGUGUGAGAAAGGAGUCAGCACAGGCCGGAAUAUCAGCGUCAGGCCCAAGCAUGGGCAAUGGGUCUUUAAUGAGUCCAGCUGAGCACUCAUUCUCACAAGCAAUUAACCAAGGGUCCCCCUGUGACUUCUUUCCUGAACUACCUACAUUUUCUGAUGGUGAACGUAGGGAACAGGGCUUCUUCUUCAGGCCCUCUGUUAGGGUGAGCAAUGGUACCGGCCCCAUUAGAUGCACAGAGGCACAGUUACAUGGCCUGCUUCUACUUGAAAAUAUAAAGCAGCAAGUAACACAACUUGCCACCACCGUCAACAUAGUCUUAAAUAGACUUACCACGGAAGGACACCCCAACCACGAAAUGCCGGAAGAGUUUCAGUUCCCCAUAGACAGCGAGGGAGAACUUCAACGUCUGGAGGAAUGGCUCCGGGAUCCGGCAAACGACCGGAAAAAACAUGCUAUGGUGAUCUCCCUCUCCUCCGUUGGUGGUGUAGACGUUAAGAGGGUCACAUGGAACAUUUUAGCCAAAAUGUUUAGCUGUGCCGUGGCCAAAAAGGUGAACUGGAAGGGUGUCCAUGGAAAAUUCGGGUUCCAGAAGAUGGCCUCCAAAACAAUCCUUACCAGAGCAGUACGCAAGUGUCCAGUUACGGCCCAGGUAACAGACACAGAAAUCCACCAGUGCGCCAUACGCUGGUUUGCACUGGCGCACGACCGGGAGGGGGGCCGUAGCAAGCGCCAGCGCCAGCGUGAAGAACAUGAAGCCAGCUAUUAAUUUUUUUAUAAAAUUUUUUAUGUUCAUGUUUUAAAUGGGUUUUAGCCAUG